AUGAGAGACAACAAAAGAAAGAAGAAAGAUGGCAAGAGUAAGCCAACAGCUGAUGACACAACUGAAGAAUCAGUCACGAGACAAAAAGAAGAAGAACAAGUAGAGGAUGAUGACAAUGAAGAAGAAGAAGAAAAGACAUCAAAAUCAAUCAAGAAAUCAAAGAUAAAGGAACCAACCACAACAACGACGGAAGCAGAAGCAACCACAACGGUUGUAAAGGAUCUUAAACAACAAAAAAUAACAUUUACAAUGUCCCCUGCGAGACCAAGAAGAGCUGCUAGCAGUGGUAUCCUUGGUGCAAUAUUGGCAACUACCUCUCCUGAUACUACCGAUGUUUCAGGUGUAUUGGGCGAUAUUAAUAAUAAUAAUAAUAACACAACUACUCCAACAACUUCUUCUAAAGCAUCUUCACCACCACCUUCAUCAUCAUCAUCUAAACCAAUCCAUCCAUUCUUUCAAACAACAACUAAAAAGAAUGAAGUUGCCGAGAAAAAGAAAGAGAAUCAAAAGGUACUGGAAGACAAGUUAAAGACAACUGGUGUCAUUCCCAAUAUGUUUAUGACCAAAGAGGAAAAAGAUCAAGUGCACACGGAAAGAAUACAAGAACAGUUUAGAAAGGAUGUCAUCAAAUCGUCGGUUGAUCACCAAACUGUCAAUGCUGGUAAACCAAUACAUCCAUUCUUUGCUGCCGUCAAGAAACAAGCUCCUGCUACAACCUCGUUGGAUGACAAGAAAUCAAUCGAUGUCGAUCAAUCAUGUGACAGUUUGUAUGCUGGAAAGGUGUUUGAUCUACCUGAUUUCCCAAUCGAUUAUGCACUAUCACAUGUUGGUUGGACCAACAACAAUCAACCAUCACAAUCGAUAUUCAUGUUUGAUAAUCAACUAAAAACAAGUAUCAAUGUUGGUUCUAGUGUAUUAGAGGAUGAUUCACUAGUUCCAGGAUUCACAGAAACUUAUAAUAGAGUUUUCUCAUCAUCAACAAAUAAUAGUCAACUUAGUCAAGAUAAUAAUCAUUUAAAUAAUAAUAUUAAUAAUAGUCAACAUAGUACUACUACUACUACUACUACUGCAUGUCAAUUAAAAGAAGAGAUGGAAAUUAAAAUAAUAAUUGAAACUUUAAAAGGUUUGAUAGAUACACAAUUUAAAUCUCCAAUUAGAAACAAAGACAAGGUUACAGUUGCAUGGAUAUUAAAUUCAUUUGAACUAUUCAAAUCAUCGUUGACACCAAUACCAAACCCAAAGAAUGUGUCGAUGGCCGAGAGAUACUAUUCCAAUCGUUUGAUGGGAAUUCUAGAGUUGAUUGAAAACGAAGAAUGUUUGAAUCGAACUGGCAUCGAAUCAUUUAAUCAAUGGGUUUCGUCGUGGAGUGAUAAAGACAAUCAAAGAAGUGCGACCACUACAACGACAACUAAAAAGAAAAAGAAAAAAGGUGAUGAGAAUCUACAACCUGGUAUUAUUAUAUUUGGACCUUAUGGAUGUGGAAAGAGUAGCAUGGUUUAUUCGAUUGGUGCUCAGUAUGAUUAUAAAAUCAUCGAGGCUAAUCCUUCGACAAAAAGAAAUGGAAAAUACAUUAUGGAAAUGUUUGGAGAGGCCACCCAAUCCAAAAGUCUUGGAUUAUAUAGUAAUUUAAAUACAAAUUCACCACCAACCAUACUAGCCAACACUGUAACAACUAAAACAUCAACCAGAAAAAAAUCAUCAUCAUCUCUACCAUCACCACCAGCUCAACCUUGUGGUAGUAAUGGAGCAUCUAUUAUUUUAUUUGAAGAAGUUGAUAUUUUGUACGAAGAAGAUAAGGGAUUCUUAACAUCUCUAUCUAACCUUAUUACUGCUUCAAAAAUCCCCAUUGUAUUAACUUGUAACGAAUUAACACCAUCAAUAUCAAGACUUAUAUUAUCAAACGAAUUGGAUAUUAUUUAUCUUUCAAAACCAAACAAAUUAUUUGUCAUCCUUUUAUUGUAUUUUAUAAUGAUUCAAGAAAAGGUUGUUCAAUACUACCUCACACCAUACCACUUUACGAAUCUACUAUCGAUGGUUGAAAGAUAUGAUUGUGAUAUUAGAGCCUGUAUCAACCACCUCGACUUUUUUUUAAUCACUAGUAGCUCCAAGCUACAAACAUCGGACAUUAAUCUUUUCCAUCUCCAUCAACUCAUCGACCAACAUGAUGGAUUUUAUAAUCUCAUCUCCAAACAGAAUCUCAUCACCAACCAUCUACCAGAUGAGAAUAAUAAUGAACCAACAACCAAACAACAAUUCAACUUUAACAUCAUUGAUGAUCAAACAAGAUUACAAUCAUCACUAUUGGAUAUGGAUAUUAAUAUAUACUAUAACAACUAUUUAAAUAUAUUAUCAAAUAGACAAGAUCAACAAGAGCAAUCAGAUCAAGAAACCAAUGGAUUGGAAAACCUGUGGAAGAUUUCCGAUGACAUGUCAUUAUCUGAUACCCUAUCAUUUAAAAAUUACCCUCAAACUUGUUUCUUACCAUUUGAUCAACAUUCAAAUGGGGAAUUUGAUAGUGAACUAUUUGAGGUUGAUGAAAAUUCACCAACUUGCAUUCAAUCACCAGAAACAACUCAUACUAAUCGUAGAUCCAAUAGUCAAUGGGCAACAGUAAUUGACACAUUAACAUUGUCAAUCCAAUCAUUUAUUCCAGUUGUAUCAUUAACUCUUCAUACCAACUCUACCUCUGACACUGUUGCUGUUGCUGUGAAUAAUAGCAAUUGUAAACAACAACAACAAGGUGUAGUUGAUUUGGUUGAAUCUGAUGAUAUAAAGCCAUGGGAAAGAUCACUAUUCCAAGAGUAUAUUGACAGUAUUAUUGUGGAAAAAUGUAAUCUCAUCAGCUACAAGGAAAUGAUUAGAGAUUACCUACCUUUUAUCUCUGCUAUUUGCAUCUCUGAAAAUCAUCGUAAAGCCAAUAAUCCAAAGAGAGGAAAUCGAUUUAGUCAUUACCUUGAUCUAGAUGAUGUAUUUUCUAAAAUCAUUUUAAUGCACAGUAUUAAAUAA